AUGAAGCCCGGUGUGCCGCCAGCCGUGGCACGAGCAAUUGUGGGCUACAGCUGUGGUGUGUCGCGCCCGUUUGCCGACUGCACGCCCAGUGAAGCUCGCACCGCAUGGGCUCUGCUGCAGACGGGCGCGUUGCCCGGUGAAGCAGCCGAUGAGGGAGACGUGGACUACAGCGAGUAUGCUCCGGCGUCCCCGAAGCGAGAGCGACCCCAAAGCAGCGAGAAGGAGGAGCCAGGGCUCGCGCUGGGCCUCGGCUUCUCAGCCUCGGCUCUGCUACCGUUGGCCAUGGUUGGUGCCUCAAUGGCAGCCUACCGGCCUGUUUUGGAUUUCAACAUGGAGACGGGAGGCUUCUUCAUGGACGACGUCAUGAUUCGCAGGAAUUCGGUAGUUGUCGACACCACACUGGAUCUGCGAAGGCUCUGGACGACUGACUACUGGGGCUUGGAGAUGUUUGACCCCAACACCUGGACUCACAAGUCCUUUCGGCCGCUGACAGUGCUCACAUUCCGGUGGAAUUACUGGGCACAUGGCUUCGGCAAUUGUGGCUUUCACCUGACCAAUGCCUUGCUGCAUGGCCUUUGCUCCCUGCAGCUGGCGAUUUUUGGCCGACAGGCCUGUGGACUCCCCUGGGCCUGGGCCGCGCUCUUGGCAGCCCUGUUUGCCACUCAUCCGGUGCACACCGAGAGCAUCUGUUAUGUGGUCGGCCGGGCUGACAUCGUCUGUGCACAGGUGCUCUUCCUGGCAACCCAGCUAUAUGCGCCCCUGUCCUCCAGUGACGGCAGCCUGUCCCAAAGCAAGGCAUGGUUGCGUCUGCUUUUUGCCUGCCUGUUGGUGGUCACGGCAGGCCUCUGCAAGGAGACCGGCUUCACUUUCUUUGGCUUCCUCGUAAUUUGGGAGGUCCUGGCCCUCCUGCGAGGUCAACUUGGUUGCGGUUUGCCGCGGCUCUUGCGUGUGCUUGCCCUGCUCGUCAUCGGCAGCGCUGCGUGCGUUGCCAGAGUUUGGUACACCUCUGGGACGCAGAUCGCGCGCAUGGACCCGUACAGCAACCCCAUCGCGGCCUCCGAAGACUCCUACGUUCGACUCUUGUCCUACGCGCUGGUACACGGCAUGUACCUGAAGCUGCUCGCUUGGCCUGUUUUUCUCUGCUACGACUAUUCUAUGGAUGCCGUGCCACUCGUCCAGUCCUUGGAGGACGUGCGGCUUUUGCUGCCGGCGGCCGCGUACGGCCUACUGCUCGCCAGUGCCACCCGGGCGCUGGCAGGCCUUCGGCGCGCCCGUGCGCGCCAGCGCGAAAGCGCUGAGGCUCCGAUUCUGGGUCUGGCGAUCUUCGUCUUGAGCUUCUUGCCCAUGACCAACAUCCUCUUUCCCAUAGGCACGCUGGUGGCCGAGCGUUUGCUCUACCUGCCCUCCAUCGGCUUCUUGAUCGUCGCCGUCUGCUUUGCGCGUGACCACGUGGAGUUCGGAUCAGGGUCCAGACGGAUCAGGAGCUUCGUUCUUUGGGCUCUGGCGCUGUCCCUGCUGGGGUUUUGGUGGCGGCUUUGCUACAACAGGGUUAUGGAUUGGCAGAGUGUGGAGCAGAUCACAUUGGUAGACGGGCUCAAGCAGCUGCGGUCUUCCCGCACGCAGUUCAACCUGGCCAAUCUCUACCUCCAGUCGCAGCGCUUGGACGAGGCUUUAGCGGCCUACAGGCGCUCGGUGGCAGCGGAUCCUCUGGAGCGCGACUCCCAACCACUCUACCAUGCUGGGCAGAUACUCAUGUACAGAGGGCAGUACGAAGAAGCGCAAGUCUACCUUCACAAGGCCGUUACUGGCUACUUCAGCCCUCUGACGCUGCAUGAGGAAGAAGUUUGGCACGACUACGGCCUCGUUCUGUGGCACGUGGGCAGGCACAUGGAGGCUGCGCACAACUUCCAGAAUGCCGUCAUCACAAAUCCGAGCUUUCCCAAGGGGUACAACAAUUUGGCUUGUGCCUUAGUCCUCCUCGGUCUUUCCAACCAGCCGAUGAACGUCCAGUUGGUGCAGCAGGGUCUCCAGGCUGCAGAGCAAGCAAUCUCGUUGGCACCUCACACGCCACUGUAUUGGCGCAACGCUGCAGUCCUGCUGAGCAUGACUGGAGAUCAGCAGUCCGCGAUCGCCGCAUGGGAGCGUUUCCGCCAAGCCGAUCCACAUACUGCGGCCGCAGAAGAGGCAUUGGGCGGCAUUCCUCGAGAUUGUACCUGGGAGUUCUAUUUCAGAUGA